UCUGUGUUUAGCUGAGACGCCGCCCGCUUCGAGACGCUCUUGGGGCUGACGCCCUCUAAAGCAAACGUUAGACAGGAACAGGGAACAAGGAAGUUAUGCACCUGUUGCUGCUGCCAUUAAAACAUAACUUUCAACACCUACUGCGACCUCGACAACUAGCCUGUGUCUUUUUAGGAAGUGUUUUGAAGCCAUAUCAUGGCAGCGGCUGAGGGGGAAGCAGCGCCUAGAGAGGAACAGCAGCAUCAGCUCGGCUCCUCUUCCAGAGGCCUAGAGGACAGCCAGCCUGCUGCCAGCACUGAGCCCUCCCAGGAGCUGGUACCGGCGACCGCAGCGGCACCAACAGAAAAUACCGAGAAGGGGGAGACGGUAGGCGGAACGGCCCCACCAGAGACAACCGAGGAGCGGGCACCGACAGCUGCUGUGGCCCCAGCAAAGAGCACUGAGGAGCGGGCAGCGGCGGGCAGAGUGACCCGCUCCCAGCAUGGUGCCGUCUCCACGCAGUCAUCUCCGGAUCAGUUCAAACUCAGAAAGUUCUUCGUGUUGAGGCCUGGCACUCUGAAUCAGGCCAUCAAAGACAUUGAAGCUCUGGUGGAUAAAGAAGUAGAUGGCAGCAUUCACAGCAUCUGGCUGAUGGCAGAGGUGGAUCACUGGAACAAUGAAAAGGAGCGUCUUGUUCUCAUCACAGACAACUCUCUCCUGGUCUUCAAGUACGACUUUGUCAUGUUCAACUGUGACCAGCUACAGAGGAUCCCACUGAACUAUGUGGACCGCAUCUCCCAUGGCACCUUCAGCUUCCCAAAGCACUCCCUUCUUCAGAGGGAAGGGGAGGGCGUGCGAGUCUUCUGGGACCGGCUGAGAGAGCCCUCCUUCACCUCCAGGUGGAACCCCUUUGCCACCGACUUCCCUUUCAUCACCUUCACACACCACCCUGUGAGGAACAUCAAUGACACGUUCGCCGCUCUCUGUGACAUCCAUAACUUUCGUGAGCAGCUCAAGGACGCAGCACAGAAAGUCCACAUCAUGAAGCCAGUUCCUGGGAAGGCCAAUGGUGUCCUGGUCCUGAAUCAGCAGAUCCACAUCGAUGCCUAUGUGGGCCUCAUGUCUUUCCUCGGGAACCAGAACAAACUGGGUUACUGCAUGGCUCGGGGAAACAUUGGCUUCUAAACAUUUCACAUUUGUAUAAUAGUUCUGUUGUUGUUCAGAUUAUUUGCUGUAAUUUAUAAGUCUUGAAUUCAUGUUCAGGUUGUUUACAGAGAGUUCAUAAUUCUUGAAGGAUUGACCAAAGAUUUUUUCCAUAUUCAGGUUUGCUUUUGUGUCACGUUGAAGCCUGGAUUCCCAGGAUGAGAUGUAUGAGGUUUAAACAACUGUGUGAUCUCCCCCACUGCUUAUUACCAGUGUGUGGUGUCUGAGUACUCAGAAAUAUCCACAUUUCAACACCGCUCUUCACCGGAUGACGGAUCCCCCGCUGCUCUCAAGGAGCUUUGUAUUUGCUCCUCAGUGAUAUGGUAAUUCAACUCUUUCGCAACAGGACUCCUUUCUUCCUCCCCCAGUGUCUCUGUUAAAAGCUCAUUCCCAUGCCAUUCAGCCCCUUAGAGAUUCACUGGAGCAUGGGGGCACAUUUGUCAGUUUAUCAUUUGUAGUGUAUUUUUACAGUGCAUACAGUGCUGGAAUUUCCCCUUGAUUUCUGUGUUUACCAUGUGUCACUCUGCCUCGUUAAGUGUCAUCUGUUUGUCUUGUGAGCCAUAGACAUGAAAAUAUAAGCUGACAUAUUUUAUUAUUCCUCUUUACUGGUAUAAAAAACAUGUUGUUUUUCAUACAGAUUCCUACACAUCUUUUUUGUUCUGUGCGCUUCACUUGUAAAUUAUGAUAGAAAUACCUUGUCCUUACUUCAAUAAAAAUUUAUGCUUACUGAAA